GCAUGGUUGGUCUUUAAAAUCUUUUGUUUUUUCUCUCUUUUUAAUUUAUCAGAGAUUAUGUGAAAGGUAUGAAUGUUGAGGAACACAUUUCACUUGUGUCUGGUAAUUUUACUGACAAGCUUCCACAAUUUGAUUGUAAUUGUUAUAUUUUAAAGGAUAUUCUACAGAAUUGGUCAGAUGAAGAUGCUCUGCUGAUAUUAUCUAAAGUUGAAUCAGUUGCUAAGAGAAAUAAGAGUCGUCUUGUGAUUAUUGAGAACAUGAUGCACACUGGCCACCAUGCAGAAGAGAAGUUAAAGUCAUUUCUUGAUCUCACAAUGAUGUCAUUCAAUCCGUCACAUUCUCAUCUCCGUACAGUUGAUGAAUUGUUCUUUCUUCUUCAAUCAACAGGUUUCACAGACCCACAGCUUUACUUCACUUGUACUACCUACAACAUCAUUGAAACCUAUCCUAAAACUAAUCAGUGAUGGGUGGAGUAGAGGUGUGGCUUCAAAUCAUAUACCAUAUGGAGAUAUUCUUAAUACAAUGAAAUGAUCAUUAAUGUACAUGUGUUAUC